AUGUCCCGGUUCUCGCGGAACUGUUGGCAAGCCUGGCUCGUAAGUACUCUAAAGUCCGACUUGGAAGAAAUAACGAACGAAGUAAAAGCUGAUGUGCUCGGAGUUCAGGUGCCAUUCGUUGGCGUUGACGGCAAUUCUAUUUGCGAUAAACUGUUCACUGAAAGUGGAGAGAAGGCUGAGUGCCCUCUUAAAGCUGGUAACAAGUACAUGUACAAGGAUUCGUUUCCUAUUCUAAGUUUCUAUCCUACAAUCGAAGUGAAUGUCCAUUGGGCGUUAAAAUCUCGGGACGGAGAAAUCAUUUGUUUUGAAGUGCCAGCGAAAAUUGUUAAAUAA